AUGGAUAAACACUCCACAGGAGAGGACGCCGAGUGCCUGCCGUCCCUAAUAUCCGAAGAGAGCAAAUUCAUGAUCGGUAUAUUUGGGAGAACAUCAAGAGCGUUGAACUCCUUUAUAUUUCGAAAGUUAUAUGUGAGGGCGUUCUGGACAAAAGUAAACCAUGUAAACAUCAAAUUAUUCUGGCCUAGUUGGGCUGUCAUGAAAAAGUGUUGGCCCGGCCCCCAAAAGUGGAAAGGGGUUUGGGGACGAAAUCGAAUCUAUUGGGGUAGUAGAGGAACUAGAAGCAAAUGGGUCAUUACCAGAGCGACAGGGCCAGUUUGGGGCCGCGGCAAUUUUUGCCAGCGCCGGUUUUCUUCGUCUUGGUCAUAUUGCAGACCGGGUCGAACGGGGAGACAGCGAAGUUGGAGAGGCUCGCAUUUUCAGUAG